AGCCCAAAUGCCAAACCCUAAUUUACUUGGCCGUGCUCUCUGGCUCCCGCGCCGCCACGCCGCCGUCGUCGCUCGCACUCUGUUUUAAGGGGCACCAAGAUCAGCCGUAAACGGAGAACCAUGGAAGGCAUCUCGUGGAGGAUUCAUGCACGCCUCUUCCGUGGCAAUAGAAACGUGGUAACCAUCAGGAGCAUCAAUGCAAGGCAGGUCUUCGACAAGCGUGGCAAUCCAACCAUCCAGGUGGAUUUGACAUGCUCCGAUGAUACUCUCUCUACUUUUGUCCUCCCAGUAUCAAGCGGUGUAUCUACUGGGAUUGACAAGGACCUUGAAUCGAGAGACGGAAGAUCAGAUUGCCUUGUAAAAGGUGUAUCAAAGGCUGUUGACAAUGUGAACAACAUCAUUGCCCCUGCAUUGAUCGACAUGGAUCCAACUCAGCAGACAGAUAUUGACAACCUAAUGGUUCAACUGCUUGGUGGAAGUGUUAAUGAAUGGGGUUCGUGCAAGGAAAAGCUUGGGGCAAAUGCCAUAUUAGCAGUGUCAAUUGCAGUCUGCAAAGCUGGUGCAAGUGUCCUGAAAAUUCCUCUGUACAAGCAUAUUGCAAACCUUGCAGGUAACCCAAGGAUUGUUUUGCCUGUUCCCUCAUUCACUGUCAUCAACAGGGUAUCACAUGCAGGAAACAAACUUGCUACGCAGGAGUUUAAUAUUCUUCCUGUGGAGAGUUCCAAUUUCAAGCUUGCUAUGCAACAGGGCAUUCAAACACAUGAAACAGUUCAUGGUGUGAUUGCUAUGAAAUACGGUAAUAAGGCAGUACAAGUUUGUGACGAAGGUGGAUUCACCCUUAACAUCAAGGAAAAAGAAUGUUUGGAAUUGCUGAAAAGUGCCAUUGACGAAAGUGAAUACACAGGCUCGGUUUUAAUUGGAAUGGAUGUUGCACCUUAUGCAUUCCGCAAUGAAGACAAAGCAUAUGAUUUGAAAUUUAAGGAAGAUAACAACGAUGUCUCACAGAAGAUCUCUAGGGAUGCUUUGAAAGAUCUCUACACAUCAUUUGUGAAGGAGUACCCAAUUGUUUUAAUUGAAGAUCGUUUUGACAAGGAUGACUUGGAGCCCUAUGCCAAGCUGACUGAAGAAGUUAGAGACCAUGUGCUAAUUGAUGGUGAUGUUCCCUUGGUCUCCUUCCUGAAGAGGGUUCCGAUGGCAAUUGAGUCAAAGUCAAAUACAGAAAUAUGCAAUUGUCUUAUGCUCAAGGUUAGUCAAAUGGGAUCUGUGACUGGUUGUAUUAAAACUGUCAAAAUGGCCAAAGAACAUUUUUGGGGAGUCAUUGCCUGUCCCGGAAGUGGAGAGACUGAGGAUACCUUUAUUGCUGAUCUAUGUGUUGGUUUAUCAAUGGGUCAAAUUAAGGUUGGAAAUCCAUUCAGUGAUCCGCGACUGGUUAUACAUCUUCGGCUCAAGAAAAUUGAGAUUGAGCUUGGUUCGGAAUCAUUGUAUGCUGGCUGGAACUUCCGUCACUGGUGACUGUGAGGCGCAGCUUGUUGCAAAUGGUAUUUUAUACCCUUAAAGCUGAGGCAAAAAGCAGUAGUACAUUUUGAUGUUACGUGAAAUGGGAGUUACGUGCCAUUUUAGCAUUUUUGAUGUUGUAAAUUGGAGUUAUGUGCCUUUGUAAUUAUCAUGUGACCAUCAAAAUGCUAAAAUAUUGGAAAAGCACGAUCUGAUCUCAAUGACUUAUUAUAAAACAUUAUAUUAUGUAAGACAAUUUAACAUUAAUAAUAUGGUAUCAAGUGGUAUAGAAUUA